AUGGGUAUUAUAAAAGAAAUAAUAUCAUUUUUUAAAUUAUCAUCAAAGCGAAAUUUUGUUUUGAAAAACAAUCUUAAAGGAUGCAGACGUUCCAUAACUAGUUUAUGCGAAACAAGGUGGGUUGAACGUCAUACUAGCAUUUUUGAAUUUCAGUCUUGUUUAUCAGAAAUUAUAGAAAGUUUAACUGACAUAUCUGAAUGGACUGACCAUAUUUCUUCGUCAAAAGCUAAAACACUUUUAAUGGCUGUAACUUGUUGUGAUUUUAUUAUUACCUUAUUUGCAUUGACAGACGUUUUAAGUGUUACACUACCAGCCAGUAGACUUUUGCAAAGUUACGAUAGAGACAUUGCAGAAGCAUCUGAUAUAAUCAAUGGUAUUAUACUUACCCUCUCUGGAAAACGAUCUAAUUGUGAAUCAGACUUUUCACAAUUAUUUGAACAAAGUAAAAAUGUUAUGAAUACAUUGGACAUUGAUUUAAAAUUACCAAGAAUUGCCAAACGCCAAACACAAAGAUCUAAUACUCCUGCUCAAUCACCAGAAGAAUAUUAUCGUCGAGUUUUAUAUAUUCCAUUACUCGAAAACAUUUCAGAAGACUUGCAGUCACGUUUUCUUAAUACAAAAACUAAAGGAACAUUUAUAUUGAUGCUGCUUAUACCAUCCAAUGUUUUAAACAUAUCAAAUGACAAAAAACACGAACUUCUUCAGGCUGUAACAUAUCACUAUGCAUACUUGGAUAUUAAUAUUUUACAAUUUCAAGGAGAAAUAGAACUAUGGAAAACCAAAUGGAUUGAAAGUAAAAAUGAAUGUAAAACAAUUCCUGAAAACGUAUUAGAAUCAAUUACGCAAUGUAAUGAAAUACUAUUUCCCGGGAUCAGAAAAAUACUGAUUAUAUUAGCUACUUUGCCAGUAAGUGUUGCUUCCGCAGAGAGGAGUUUUUCGACGUUACGCAGAUUAAAAACUUGGUUAAGAAGUCAAAUUGGACAGGAAAGAUUGACUGGUUUGGCACUGUUGCAUGUACAUCGCGAUAUAGAAUUAGAUGCAUGGAAAAUAAUAGAUCGGUUUGCAGAACACAAACGCUUUAAAGAAUUUGUUUUAUAG